UCCCACCUGGAUUCCGCUACAACAGAAGAGAGAAAAUUACGUUGUGAAGCCACAAAUCACAUCGAAUAGUGAAUCUAUCAAGCCCAAAACACCACAACAUACUUUAUCUCUCUACAAUCACGUUGACUUAGUACUAAAACAACCGCCGGAAGUUCUUGAAAAUCGAUCGAAUUAUUUGAACCCGGAAAACAAAACAAAUAUGCUACAAACACCGCAAACAGUACAUGGAUCACGCAGAAAAUACGUCCCAGUAUUUGAAACCAUUUACUCGGUUGAUGACCAUAGUGAAGUUGACCGUGAGAUCAUCUCAGAAAUAGCCAAUAAACCUCACUCCGUGCCGCAAACUUUACCUGAACGAAAUAAGGUGACAGCUGCAAGUAGUUUCAACUUAAGAUCAAACAAAUGCGAAGAAGCCGAUAUUGAACAAUCCGAAUCUUGGACAAAAUUAGAAUCACAAAUUGGCAAUUUAAUAGCCCUCACAAGGGACCUUCAGGCGGAAAACGAUUACCUUCAAAGUGUACGCUACGAUCAACUAUUGCCGUUUCUGAACGCCUUCGUCGCUUGCAUGUCGUUUCUCGAAGGCAAUUCAAUCAAGCAGUCCUUUCAACAGAAUUUGCGACGUUGUUCCGAAGAAGAAUUACUUCAAAACAUUCUAUCCACGGUCGGUCACCUGGAAUUCAGGAGCAUUCAGCAUAAGAAAGUCAUUCGGAUGCUCGAACGUAGAAACAGCCGCUAUCGAUUGCAAAUAUCUGUACUGGAACAGUGUAUACGGAGGUAUGAGAGACGGAACAAAUCGCUUCGUGAUAAACUCGUGAUGCUUCGUAGAAGUUGUGUGCAAAAUCUGACAUAAAUGGUAUGGAAUUGUUUGUCGAUUCAUACCUUUCUUCGCUG